AUGCCACCAGUUCCACCUCUAUUUGUUCUUUCGAUUCCUCCCGGAUCUGUCGGGUCUUCGACGUCUUCCCAGCAAGGAGCAUUCGUUUGCACACAGGCGGCACCUCAGGUCUAUGUCCUGUCAUUCUCAAGCCCGCCUGAUAAUCGAUUGACUCCGGCAUUCAAUUCGACAUUCCAUUUGGCUCUCGACAUCAUUGAGCAACGCCUGCCCAAAGGAGUGGUCAUCACAACAUCAUCCAUCACCAAAUUCUAUUCCAACGGUCUGGACUAUGAGAAAGCAAUCGCAGAUCCCAACUUCUUCGCUGGAAGUUUGUUUCCGCUAUGGAGACGUCUCAUUACAUAUCCCAUGCCGACGGUGGCCAUGAUCAACGGUCAUGCCUUCGCUGGAGGACUAAUGACAGCCAUGUUCCACGACUACCGUAUCAUGAACCCUCACAAGGGCUUCUUGUGCCUCAACGAAUUGGACUUUGGCGCCUCACUCAACCCUACCAUGGUGAGUGUGUUCCGAGUCAAAUUGGGCAUGACCACUUUCAGAAACAUGGUCUUGGAAGCUAGACGAUAUCCGGCGUUGGAAGCACUUAAGGAAGGUAUCGUAGAUGGGCUAGGUGGUGCUGACGAAACAUUGGCAUUCAUUAAGGAGUUUAAACUGGUCGACAAGGCUCAAGGAACAUCAUAUGGCACAAUCAAGGAAGAACUGUACCGCGAGAUCAUCAGGGAUAUCGAUGAGAGUGCUGGCCACCCUCAGACCGUGGCAGCCAGAGAUCUGGACCGAAACCGCAGAAACUUGGAAGCGAAGAAGAGGGUGGACGAGUAUGCUGUUGCUGUUGGUGCGCCAAGGUCAAAGUUGUGA